CGACACUCUCGCCGCCCGCUUACGGUUCCAACUUGCGUUCUACUCUCCCGCAUAUCCCCACACACGAGUCUUGGCAGACAAAUAGCAACACAUCCAGCCCGAGACCCCUAGAAACAGCCUGAGAUGGGCUUCGCCGACAAGUUCGACAUCAACCCGGACUCGGUGCCGACAUACAAACUUGCUCUCCACUCCGCUCAGAUCGUUCUAGCCGUGGUCGUCUUCAUUCUCGAGAUUGUCCUAUUCCGCGCUCAAGACGCCAUCAUCAAUGGUCACAAUGGGUGGGUGUUUGGACUGUGCUUCCUGAGCAUACCAGCAUGGGUUUACCUCGCAGGUGCCCCACGAUAUGAGCGCACGCGGAGAAUCGCCCAGCCUGCCGCCAUGACAGUGGUUGACUGCAUCUGGGCCAUUUUCUGGCUGUCCGCGUUUGCCAGCCAGGCCGCAUACAACUCUGCAAACAGCUGCGGCCAAGGCUGCGCAGUGAGCAGGGCCAUUGUCGGCAUGUGCUUUUUCGAGCUGCUCCUGUGGAUUCUGUCCACCCUGGUCAGCUUCUUCACGCUCAAAUACUGGCACGCCAACGGCGACUUGCCCGGCUACGAACGCCUCGACCGCAGCAACACAAACAUCGAUCCGGACAAGGCCGCCUUCUCGAUGGCCCCGCACGACGAGGAGGCGUACGCGCCCAUCAGCGGCAACGACCACGACGACGACCACCACAGCAACGUGCCCUACAACGCCGACGCCUACGGCUCCGUCAACUCCAACACCCUGUUUGAUAGCAGCACCUCCUACGGCGGCGGCGGCGCCGCGAGCACCCACACCGACCCCUUUGCCGAUACCUCCUAUGGCGGCGGUGGUGCGCACAGCACAUACUCGGACAACAGCUAUGGCGGCACGAACCCCUACAGCGGCGGCCACCAGGCUAGCGGCUCUCAGAUCUAUGCGCCGCCUACCGCGGAGGAAGACUACGACGACGGCCGGCCCGCCAAGUUCCCGGCUGCCAAUUACGACCGGACAUUGCACUAAUGGUGUCGGUGGCUUUGGUGGCUUCGGGAGUGGAUUGUUUGGGAAUGUGGAAAGUGGUCUGCGCCUCGCGCGAAAAGCAGUAUAUACAUAGAUUUGCGUGAGAGGGUGGUCCAACCCGGGUAAGGAAAAACCCUGUAAAAACCACCGACCUAUUGUGCCUUUUUUGGUUGCGCUUGGAAGUCCAUGGGGUUUGCAUUGUUAUAGGAUGAAUGAUACACAUUUGUUUGUUUCCAAGCAUUUUCUUCGGUAUUGGCAAUGGUCUGAUGCACACACAUUUCCAAGCAUCGCAUCCAAAUGGUCCAACAUGGCUCUGC